AUGAAUCCCCCAGUAUCAGUGAGGAUCCCAUUGCGGACAACAAAAUCCACUCCAGUUUGCUUAGGCUACAAGGAAUUCACCAUAGGAUAUCCAAUGCGUAUCAUAAUUGUUGGAGAUCUGAAGAUCAGCUCUAGGUUGAACUUCCAGGAAUACCUCCUAAAGCCACAUUAUAGACCUGAGCUUCUGGCCCUGCCACAGUCAGGAAACCGUCGAAUCAAGAAUCAGCUGCUGCAGCUGCUGGCUCCAGACCCAACAACUCAAAAUGACAAAGAGGUGCCGGCCCGGUGGUCAUCUACGGAUAAACUGUUAUUGGUAAUAAGCCAGCAAGAGACUCUCCGCCCCCAGCGCCCCGCCCCCACUGCCGGGCCUGCGCGCACGCACUUGCGCAUGCGCGCGUUUGGCGCAUGCGCGUGGAGCGGAGAGAGAAAGAUGGCGGCGCUGGGCUUCCGCACGCCGUUGUACGGGCACGUGGGUCGUGGCACCUUCGGCGACGUGUACGAGCCCGCGGAGGACACGUUCCUGCUGCUGGACGCGCUCGAGGCGGCGGCGGCCGAGUUCACGGGAGUGGAAAUAUGCCUUGAAGUAGGGUCAGGGUCCGGAGUGGUAUCUGCAUUCCUAGCCUCUAUGAUAGGUCCUCAAGCUUUGUACAUGUGCACUGAUAUCAACCCUGAGGCAGCAACUUGUACCCUGGAGACAGCACGCUGUAACAACGUCCACAUUCAACCAGUAAUUACAGAUUUGGUGAAAGGCUUGCUACCAAGACUGAAGGGAAAAGUUGAUCUUCUGGUGUUUAAUCCUCCCUAUGUAGUGACUCCACCUGAAGAGGUAGGAAGUCACGGAAUAGAGGCAGCCUGGGCCGGUGGCAGAAAUGGUCGAGAAGUCAUGGACAGAUUCUUUCCACUGGCUCCAGAUCUCCUUUCACCAAGAGGAUUAUUCUAUUUAGUUACCAUUAAAGAAAACAAUCCAGAAGAAAUUUUGAAAACAAUGAAGAUAAAAGGUCUACAAGGGACCACUGCACUUUCCAGGCAAGCAGGCCGAGAAAUCCUUUCAGUCCUCAAGUUCACCAAGUCCUGAUACACAGUGUGUGCUACUUGACGCUGAAUGCAUUCAGCAUAUUUUGAAACCAAAGUCAUUUCUUGGUUACCAAGUAAAAUUGUCAGAAAUUAGCUGUAUAGAAAAAAGUGAAAGAGUAGGGCAUUCCCUUUUACCCAGGAAUCAGGCCUACAGAAAUAUUUGCACAAGUGCAACUAAAUACAUAUAUAUAUAUUAUAUAUAAUUUGCAUUUUACCUAUGAUAUAUAUUACAUAUAUAAAAUAUAUAUAUAAUAUAAAAGUUAUAUUAUAUAUGAGAGGAUGUUCAUUUCAGCAUUACUUGUAACAGCAAAACAAUGAAGUCUACCUAAAUGUCCGUCAGUAAAGGGAUUACAGUGUAUCCAUGUUACUGAAGAUAAGCGACAUAUCCAGCCAUUAAACAUGAGCCAGGUCUGUAUACAUUGAGCCAGAAGGGGUUCGUGAUGUACUAUUGAGUGAAAAAGCAAGUUGCAAAAUAGAAUUAACCAUUAUGUAUAUUUUUGAAAAACCUACAGAGAGGAUAUGUUUGUACGUGUGUAUAAGAAAUUCUCAGAAGAUAAAUAACAGGAGGGAGUGGAGGAACUUUCAGUCUUUUGUGGUGGCAUUUGCACAAUGAUAAUGUCUUACUUUUAUAAAUAAAGUUUUUUAUUUAUUUA